AUGGCCCCGCAGCGCCGGGCGCUGCCCCGCGGCCCCGAGAGCGCCGGGACCGGGCCGGGACCGGCGACGGGAACAGGGACGGGCCGCGGGGGCCGCCGGCACAGCAGCGCCAGGAAGGGCCGGUCCCGGCAGGAUCCGCGGGGAUGGCGGGCGAAGGCAGCGAUCCUGCUCCUCCUCUGCACCGCGGCCGUCGGCGGCCUCGUGCUCUGGAGCCGCCUGCUCGCCCAGGAUGGGAUCUCCGGGGAUGGGAUCCUCCAGGACGGGGUCACCGAGGUGCUGGCACAUCGCAGCGACAGCCUGCGGGACAAGUUCGUGGAGAUCCCCUGCUCGGAGGACUACGACAGCCACAGACGGUUUGAAGGGUGCACUCCUAGGAGGUGUGGAAGGGGUGUGAGCGAUGCCAUAAUCACAAGGGAAGAAGCUGAAAGAAUCCGUAGAAUAGCAGAGAGGGGACUGUCCUUGGGAGGAUCUGAUGGAGGGGCAUCAAUUUUGGACUUGCACUCCGGAGCUCUUUCCCUGGGGAAGCAUUUUGUUAAUCUGUACAGGUACUUUGGGGACAAAAUUCACGACAUCUUCACGGAAGAGGAUUUUGCGUUGUAUCGGGAUGUGAGACAGAGAAUUCAACAAAGGAUCGCUGAGGUGUUUGGGAUCAGCUCUUCCUCCAUGUACCUGACCAAGCCAACCUUCUUCUCCAGAAUGAACAGCACAGAGGCCAAGACAACCCAUGAUGAGUACUGGCACCCCCACGUCGACAAGGUGACUUAUGGCUCUUUUGACUACACCUCUCUGCUCUACCUCUCUGACUACACCCAGGACUUCGGGGGAGGACGGUUUGUCUUCCUGGAUGCAGAUUCCAACAAGACAGUCGAGCCCCGAGCAGGCCGGGUUUCCUUUUUCACCUCUGGGUCGGAGAACCUUCACCGUGUGGAGAAGGUUCACUGGGGCACUCGCUUUGCCAUCACCAUCUCCUUCACCUGCAACCCAGAGCACGGCAUCGGGGAUCCAGUCCUGGGGUGACUCCUCUGGGGGUGGAGCACGAGGGCAAAUGGAAGGAGAGAAGCCCUGCAAGAGGAGAGGAAAAAGGGAGAUGACAUCUCUUGUUACCCCACGUUCAAUGAGAAUUGCCCAGCUGUAUCAAUGGAUUGUAAUACACUUUGUUUUCACGUGACCUUUUCCUUAAGGACCAUCUCAGAUCUGAUGCAUUCUGAAAAUGGUUUGUUCUGUCCCAAAGGGACAGGCUACAAAGAGGAGUUCUUCACUGGGCUCUUCAUUCUUUUUUUUUAGUACUAUUUUUUGAAAAUUCUUCAGUUUAAAAAAUACAAACCAUCUUUUGGGCCAUGCCUUGAUAUGUCUCCCUAUGCUGCUGUUACCUGUUUAAUUCUUUAGCCUUUUCAGUUACUCAUGUGAUGUAGAAAGUUUAACCUAAGUUAAUUGAGCAAGGUGAGUGUUAUUUUGAACAUACUUCCUCUUGAGAGGAAUGGAUUCUCCUGAGCAUGGGCAUUAAUGGGCAGUACACCUGGGGUUUGGCUACUGGGACUUACUUGAACUUCUGUUUUAACUGAACUACUACUAUUUUUUGCUACAAACAGGGACUAGUUAAUACAAGGUCAGCAAUGCAAUUCUCUGGCCAGAAAGCCUAUUGCUUUUGGACUGCAAAUGCUUUGUGCAGGGAAUGUCACUGCACUAGAUCCCUUUGAUCAGAAUGCAGCAUUCCCAGCUUGCCUUGUUUCCUUUGGAUUUCCAUGAAAAUGAUCAGUCUCCUGGUUGGAAGCCCAGUGUUAGGGUUAUUAAGAACUGUUCAUGGAGAUGGCUUGACCAUGUAACCCUGUACAUUGAAUCAAAAUUCAAAAGGAGAGCUGGGCAGAGGUAACCAAUCCUCUGGAUUCAUCUAAGAAUUCCUCAUUAUCCAGUGCCCAGGAAGGGCAGUGGGUUGGGAGGGGAAGAGCUGAGAAAAAAGACAUAGUUUUGUUGAGAUUUGCCAUAGGCCCGUCCUGGCCUCCUUAGACUCAGUCCUGCAAAGCCUGACUUGCUGCCUGGAGGGCUGGAUCUCAAAACCUCCUGAGCCUGUGGGCUCUGAGGGAAACUGGUGUCCACCUGCAGUUGAAUUGUGUCCAAAGCAAUGUUUUAGCUGUUUCAGAAAGUCUCUCAGUAGCUAUUUUUGGACUUCUCUUUUUCAGUUUAGCAUGAAGACUUUUUUUCUGUUGACUAGGACCACUGGUAUUCCCUGGAUAAUAAACUGCAGGGGAGCUGUGUGAUUUGCAGUGCAGAUAAAGGAACAAAGUGUAAUCUUGCCAACAACCUUGGUUUCUUCCUGCAGUCAAAGAUUUCUGUUGUGGGUCAGGGAAUUGAUAAAUAAACUGUAGGAAAACAUAAUUUUUUUUCUCAGUCAAAUUAAUUAGCAAAUGUUGAUCUGUUAUAUUCCUGGGAUGUAUAAUUUCUAUGAAACACUGAAAAUCUGGGAAUGUGCUUUGAUUUUUAAUUUUUUUAAAAAAAAUUCUAUUCAUACAGUUUUGAUUCCUUAAUCUACCUUUUUAUGGAAAUAGUAAGUAUUGGGGGGAUUACCCUGCAGAUCAGUAUAAAGAGGAAUGGUGACAGGACACCUGGCCUUGUGAGUGCUCUCCCUGGGCACACCAGCAAGGUUAAGCCUCUGUCAUUUGAUUUCUUUGUUCUCAAACCUGAAAAAGGCUUCCUUGUCUGUGCUAACAAGGAAGGAUUGUUAAAAAUGCUGGAUGCAAGGAAACAAUAAAGUCAAUUGCGUUUCCUAUUGAAA